CUCUGUUUUCUGCUUGUGGUGGCGAUGUUCGUCCUGAGAGUUCAUUCGGUUGACUCGGAGCGGCCAAUCUCCGUCGAAGAAGAAGAAUCCGGUUUCACCUACGCAUCAUCGAGGAGAGCUCAGCCUCCAGAUAAACUCACACCAACCCUCAAACUCACGGAACGCAAGGGCCUGAUCCAUCUCUACCGCAACUCUUCACACAGCUCCCUCCCCAACCCUAGCUCUCGAUCCACCACUCUCUUCGUCGUCGCCGUUCCCAAUUACCUUUCCUCCCUCGAUUUCAUCCGCUUCUGUGAUCCCCAAAUCGCCCAUGACUCCCAGAUCCUCUUCAUCAGGAACGAUGGAAUGGAAGAUCGAUAUAGUGUUUUGAUCACACUUUCUGAUCAAUCCGCAGCAGAUAAAUUCCACAGGAACCUGAAUGGGAAAAAAUAUGCACCAUCUGAGGCUGAGGUUUGCCAUAUUCUCUAUGUACUUUCGGUGGAACACACAGAGUUUGAUGAGCUUGCUGCUUCUCCACCUGCUGGGUUUACCGAGUUGCCUACUUGCCCAAUAUGCCUUGAGAGAUUAGAUCCUGACACCAGUGGUAUACCAAGCACGCUUUGUGAUCACUCGUUUCAGUGUUCUUGCACUUCAAAGUGGACUUAUCUGUCCUGUCAGGUUUGUCGAUUGUGUCAACAACAAGAUGAGAUAUUAAGCUGUUCUAUUUGUGGGAAAACAGAGAACGUAUGGGCAUGCCUUGUCUGUGGCUUCUUAGGUUGUGGAAGAUACAAGGAAGGGCACUCUAUUAGGCACUGGAAAGAAACUCAUCACUGCUAUUCUCUUGAUUUGCGAACACAACAAAUCUGGGAUUACGUUGGUGACAGCUAUGUUCAUCGGUUAAACCAAUCAAAAAUAGAUGGAAAGUCAGUAGAGAUGAACACCCGCUGUCUUUCACACGAAGGGGACUGUGGUCUAUGUGAGUGUAGUGAGGAUACAGGAAUGGGCGGUGCCAUCUACAACAGCAAAGUUGAUUCAAUUGUAACCGAGUAUAAUGACCUUCUUGCAAGUCAGCUGAGGGGACAGCGACAGGCAAGUGAGAUCUCAAUUACUUAUCACAAUCGUGAUGUCUUUCAUCAGUACUAUGAAUCUCUCAUUGUCGAGAUGAGAAGCAAGCAGGAUAGUAGUAUUGCCGAAGCAGUUGAGCAGAUUGUUGUUAACAAAAUGCAGGAGCUUCAGAACGAGAUUGAAAAAUGUGAAGAGGAAAAAACUGGUAUCACUGAGGUUAAUAGAAAGCUUAUAAAAGAGCAGGAUACUUGGCGGAAGAAGGCCAAGGAAAUACAAGAGAGGGAAGCCGCAUUGCUAGGAUCAAAAGACGAGAUUAUAGUUGAUCUUGAAGAACAGAUAAGAGAUAUAAAGGUUUUCGUCGAAGCCCAGAAAACACUGAAGACGUUGUCAUCAGAUUCAGAUGGUAUACGUGAAGGAACCGUCUUACCAAUGCCUAUCAACGACGAGCCAGUUCGAAAGCAGAAGAAAUCAAACCGAAGAAAGUGA